AUGAAAGCCUGUGAGUGUGUAUUGAUUCUGAUGCCAGUCGUUGGAAACUCCAGACCUGUAUACGAAGCGCACGAGAAGAUGGCUAGUGCUGCCGGAGGAGACUGCUCGCACGAUUGUAAACAUGGGGAUUCCCACCAUGAACACGAACCUGAGGAGUGCCCUCACACGUGCAAGCAUUCAGAUGCCGACCCGUGCACAACCGAUCCCGGAGUCGAGGAUUCUUGCGAUUAUGACAGAAUGAUCUUCGCAGAGAUAGAAGCUAUGGGGUACAAAGAUAGUGACACCAUCAAACCUGAGGAUCUCUUUGAGCAUGACAUGAUGCAUUUCAUGGGCACAGCUCCCAUGGAUGCAGCUAUCCAGCAUUUGAAGAUAGAUGCCUCACACAAGGUACUAGAUGUUGGCUCUGGGUACGGUGGACCUGCACGGUACCUAGUGCUGAAGACGGGCUGUAGUGUGGUUGGUGUGGAUUCAACGCAAACUUCCCACGAUAUUGGACAAACGUUAACGAAACGAUGUGAAAUGGCAGACAAGGUGUCACAUGUCUGUGGCAAGAUGGAAGAUAUUGACAUUGGCAAAGAUAAAUUUGACUCUGCUUUAGUGGUCAUGACAUUGUUCCAUGUGAAAUGGGAGACUCGUGUGAAAUUACUUGAAAACGUUGGUCGUCACCUAAAGCCUGGUGGAAGACUAAUGGUUGAGGAAUGGGUUAAAAAGUCUGACCUGUCUGAUGAACAGGUUGCAUACAUAACAAAAUGUGGAGCCCCAUUUAUUACUCCUGAAACAAUCGCCACCAUCGAAGAAGAAAAGAAAUUCCUACAAGACGCUGGCUUCAAAGUUUCAGCGGUCCAGGACAUCUCUGAGGACAUGCAAGCUGCCGCAUUCCACGAGGUAGAGAAGCUGCAGAAAAACAAAGAGAAAUUUGUGCGCUUACACGGACAGGCGAUGUACGACGAUAACCUUCCCUUCUACCAACUGUUAACGGAACUGUGGCCACUUGGAUACCUUUUUUGUGUCAGAGUAAUUGCACAGAACGGCUCCGAUAUCCCCAAAUAAGAAUGUUCCGAAAUAUUCCAUUGUGUUACAGAACAAACUCAUAGACUGAUGGAGAAAAUGUGAGGUUUGUUGAUAAUAUAAUAGUGAAGUUCCCUUAAAGUAUCAGCUAGGUGCAGGUAUAGGCCUAUUACUAUUAGUAUGAAAGACCUGUAAAAGGAUGAGAAAAAUUAAUGUAGGUGGAUCAUAUUUGUUUUGAUUCUAUAAAAAUAUCAAUUAUAUGUGUUUAAAAUUGCCAAUGAGAAGUAAUAAAAUUCAUCUCUGCAUGGACAAA